CACAAGUGAAGUUAGGCGUAAUGUCAACUAAACAGUUAUCUGCAAUGUUAGAUCAAUAAAAAUUUUAUUUAUUUAUUUUAACAACAUUUAAGUCAUAUCAUAGUGAUAUAUUUUGAAAAUUAUAAAUACGAUGUGUUAAUAACAACAAUACAAUCCGAUUUUAAAGUCAAUAAAAACUUUUGUGUGCUUUCUAUAAAAAGAUCUGAGCCUGUGCGCCAAUUAUUUUUUUUGGUUGUUUUUUAGUUUAAUAUGCCCUUUCAGUUCAAUAAUCAACCAUUAGCAUCAGGCUUUAUGGGUAGUGGGGAUCCAAACGAUUUUACAUUAUUUGCAGCAGGAAUGAACGAUUCGCCUUUGGAAUUUACGAUGGGCAGGAAUAAAACUUCCUCAGGAAGAUCUGUGGAGGAUAAGGACGAGUCUAGUCAGAGCCCAACAGAGAAAAGGGAUAGGCGAAGAUCUGAACGAAGAGAUAGAGACAGAAGGGAAACUGAAAAGUCGAGGGAUGAUUCAGAUUCCAAUAUGUCCAGUACACAGGAUGUUAUUUCUGUUAAUAAUUCUGGAAUGGGGCCCAAUAUGUGGGGAGGCAUGAUGGGUAUGAGCUACCCAAUGGUAGGAAUGAACAUGAUAAUGGAUCCCAACAUGAUGUCCAUGAACAAUUACGGGAUGAUGCCUCCGAUAAUGCCUGAUCCGAAUAUGCUAGCCCCAGAUCCCUCCAUGAUAAUGAACCCGGUUAAAGAAAUAAUCCAUUGCAAAUCGUGCACGUUAUUCCCCCCCAACCCAAAUGCGCCGCCUCCGACGACGAGGGAGAGACCCCCUGGGUGCAGGACCGUAUUUGUGGGGGGGCUACCGGAAAAUAUGACAGAGGAGAUUAUAACAGAGGUUUUCGAAAGAUGCGGGGAGAUUACCACGUUGAGGUUGAGCAAGAAGAAUUUCUGCCACAUUCGUUUUGUUUACGAAAAUUCCGUGGAUGCAGCUAUUUUUUUGUCUGGAUAUCGCGUGAGAAUUGGUUCGAAUUCUGAUACGCCUAAUACUGGUAGACUUCAUGUUGAUUAUGCACAGGCCAGAGAUGAUCAAUAUGAAUGGGAAUGCAGACAAAGACAACUGCAAAGAGAACAAAGGCACAGAGAAAGAAUGGAAGAGGAGAGGCUGAGACCGCCGUCACCGCCACCUGUUGUGCACUACACGGACCACGAAUGUUCCGCUGUUUCGGAAAAAAUCAAGCAGGACGACUCGUUCACCAAAGCAGUACAAAUCGUAAUAACAUGGUUGGAAAGGGGUGACUGCAACAAACGCAACGCGAACAAUUUCUAUUCGAUGAUACAGUCGACGAAUUCUCACGUGCGCCGUUUGCUCAACGAAAAAGCUCAAUACGAGGACGAGCUGAAAAAAGCCAAGGAAAUCAUGAAGGGACGCAUGCAAGGAAUUUUGUUGCAAUUCAGUCAAAUUGAGCGGUUGUUCACUUCUGCCUGUCACAAGAAAGUCUGGGACCAUUUCACCAAAGCUCAAAGAAAAAACAUCGAGGCUUGGAAAAAGCAGUCGUUGGAAAUAAAAAAUGUGCAAAUUGAUGAUUCCGGAAAUGAAAGAGGUGAUGAUGAAAUGGACGUUUCUGAUGAAGAUGAACCUUUAAAGAAGAAGCAUAGAAAUAAUGAAGCAAAUGAAGAAAGAAAUAAUCUGAGAGAGGAAAAUGAUAAUUUGAGGUGUCAGAUGGAAGCAUAUAAAAAUGAAGUUGAAGUCUUGAAAAGCGACUACAAAAAAGAUAUGGAAGACAAAGAGAAGCAGUUCAAAAUGAUUCAACAAACAUUACAAGGAAUGCAGCAGCAAUUGAUCGAAGCAAAGAAAAGGCAAACUGAAGAAGAAAUGAGGGUUAAAGAUCUUCAGUCGCAACUCAAGCAAAAAGAAAAACCCAAACCAAUUGUUGACAAAGAAAUUAUAACGCUGGACGAUAGCGAAAACGAGCAAAAUGACACCCAAAGCGUAACUGAAAGUACCACAGAGUCGGUGGCGCCCUCUCUGAACGAUAACGAUGCCAAGUUGGUAGGAAUUAUUUCCGCCUUUCUGAAUGUGCAUCCUUUCGGCGCGGGAUUGGAUUAUAUUUGGUCCUACGUUAGCAAAAUCGAGUCGAAUUUGAGACCCCAAGAAAUCGAAUCUGUAAUGAGCAGAUUCCCUACGGUUUUUAAGCAGGAAUUAGUCGGGAUUGGUGCAAAUAUCGAGCGAAGAUGGAUGUUUAUAGCCUUUACUUCGAAUAGAAGUACCUAGUUAGAUUUUGUGACUCCAUUUAGAAGUUUAUUUAUUGUGAUUUAAAUAAUUAGAGAUAAAAUUAUAAAGCAAUUAAAAUACUUUUAUUUAAAACAUACUUAUAAAUCAAC